GAAAGAAGCUGUCCUCGAAGAUAAACAGAAAACUCCCCAUAACUCUCUGGCGGCACUAUAACUUAGCUCGUUCUAGCUCACAUCUCUCUUCACUUCGCCGGUCUAUCUGUUGUGUGUUUUUAUUAAAUUUUCCUUUUCUAACCUUCAUUGAAAGGUACGGACUAUUUCGUUUACAUUUAUUAAUAUAGCCUAUGCUUUUUUUAACAUAUUUAGUUGGACGCUGCAUUACAUUUGGUCUUAUACCAAACUUUCCUCAAACUGAGUGUUCAUUGAAAAGGGCAGACGCAGAAAUAUUUGGUUGUGGUCUAGACUACACAUAAAAUAUUGGAACAUUUUUGCCCGCACUGAUCAGCACCGCGUGCUACUUUUUAAACAGCAAUAUCUGAAGGACCUCGAGUGAACCAAGCGCAUUUCUCAACAGUCACCAUGUUGGCUCUACUUGGCGGAAUCUUUGUUCUCCACAUCACCACCAUCAUCAUUCUCCUUGUUGCCACCAUUGACAAUGCAUGGUGGUUCACAGACACAGUGUCCACCGACAUCUGGGGUAGAUGGGAUUUGAUCAACAGUGUCUGGAACUACACCAGCUUGCCCACAGAUUACCCUCAAGAUUAUCUGCAGGCAGUGCAGGCCACCUCGGUGCUGGCCUGUAUAUUUUCCAUCCUGGGGCUGUUUGUGUUUGUGGCUCAGCUGUUCACCUUGCCGAAAGGGCAGCGGUUCACCUUCUCUGGCAUCUUCAUGUUCCUUGCCUGUCUCUGUAUAAUGAUCGCUGCCUCAAUCUACACCGACAUAUUCCACAGGGAAGCCAAGGAUAGCGACGGAUGGUACGGCCACUCCUACGUCCUGGCCUGGAUUGCCUUCGUCUUCACCUUCAUCUCCAGCAUCAUCUAUUUUGUCCUACGCAAGAAGACGGCGUAAGGCAGGGGACAGCGUUCAAGGAAGAGACACACUAUUGAGAAAAAGGCAAAAAGGCAAAAAAAAAGUUGAAAUUGGGAGGAGGAGAGGUGGGAAGAGAGAAGGAGACAAAAAUGGGUGGGGAGGGGGGUAGGUGGGGGGAAUGUGGCUGUACUUUUCUAUUUUCUUUACUUUUUUAGUGGCUUAUUAUUUUAAUUGAAACAAUAACAGGGAGGAACACCCAAGACGAAUAAACAAUUAUGGCACUCUAACAAAAAUUAUAUGCAUAAAGAUGAACUAUUUCUUAUGGAACAAAGCUUAAAACCCAUACAUGCGCUAUAUCUGAAUACUGGAAUGGAAUAUUAAUACUAACCAAAAUUCUAACUGGGCAGCUUUCUGCAUUGGGAAAUGCGAUCCCACUGUGUGCUUGUGAAUUCCUGUGUUUUAUCUGAUCAUACUUCCUGUGUUUUAUCUGACCAUAAAGGUUUCAUACCUCCUCGAGUUCAGCCGAAUACAACUGGAGAGGCCUAAUGUGUUUUAGUCUCAAGCUUAAUUGUCAAGGCGCAAAGCCUUGUCACUGUUGCAGUUCGAUAACAUUUUUUAAAAUUCUCGCCUGUAAAAGGUGAAAAUAGCAAUGGCUUUGGGCACACAACCAGAUCAUCUCCCAGUCAUUGGGCCCUGUUGUGGAACGGAUGCUUCUGUCAGUUGGAUAGGACAUAUUUGUUGACUGUAUGCUUGUGUUGCUGUAUGUGUAAAAUAUUUGACAGUUAAGCCUCAUAUGUGAUAUGGUUUUUAAUUAACAUUUUUCUCAUGAUUAUAAAUAUUAUUCUUAGUACAAAUUCAUUAUUUUUUGUGGCUCUUGGAUUUGAUUUAAUGUUGUUAAAUUAAACGGAGAUUUGCUGUUACACUAAAUUUGUGGAGUUCGAAGGAUGGGAUAGACAGAAGGGUUUAGAGAAACUGAACUUUGGCCUACAAGUACAUCAUCUAGAAUGUGGUGAAUAUUAUCUUGUACUGCAAAUAAAUAAUUACCAAAAAAAAAGUUUGUAAGAUAACGUAAGAUGUGAAGUAACUAAUAACUUGAUGAAAUUGUCACACCAGGUAAUCUCAAAAUAAGAAAUAAGCUUUAAAUCGUAUGUAAAUUUGGAAAGAGUUUGAUUUGCAGGUGCGCUCAGAUGGGGCACUGUAUGAUUCUCCCCCUUGCUUCACACAGCUCACCUGGCACAGGUGACGCGUUUCGGCCUUAGCCACUCAAAGGUAACACCCUGCUCUGCACCGGCAGGCCCCCCUUCUCCCCACGACAUCGCCAGAUCCUUCUCCAGUCACAGAUGUUAUUCUAGCAUGAAUUCCAGACGGCCAGCUCCACAUUCCUUAAUGGAGGAGCGUUCCUUCUCCCGUCUGUCGAUGGCGAAACUUUCCAAACCGACCGCCACUUCCGAAAGGUCCGCUCAGGGGCGUGUCCCGAGAGCGGUGCGGUUUCGGCGGAAGCACCAGACCAGGACUCAAGAGUAAGGGAAGACGGGGCCCCCCGAGUCGUGAAGAGUCUCGUUCGCAGGGGAAGCAUGAGCCCCGCUGGGUGUUCACUUCCCAGUCACACUAUUGCUAUGGUCGGAGGUCUUCAUUGGCCAGGCAACAAUUGGCUCAUUCGUGCCCGUUCGUGGCCAGUGUGUGAUUGGUGGUAAAUACAAAUAGCAAAGAUAGGCGUGUCUGCCGUCUCCUCCCGACCAACUGACUGGAGAUCAAUACGUUUGGCAGGGGGUUUGGGGGUUGGGAAAAUGGGAAAACAUCUGGGAACAAAAUAUAUAUUAAACGUAAGGGAAGAUGGUAGGAAUAUUGUAGCUGGACUUCUGGUUAAUCAAUAAUAUCGCGAGUUUGAACUCAGUAUGGAGGUACUAGCUCAGACUGAUGGUAUUGAUUCUGAUGCUUUGUCAGGGCUUUCUGGUCUGAUGGUGUAGUGUGGUGCACAUGUGGCACCACGAGGCUCCCCUACACCACCCCUCAGGGGGCCGGGUUUUGUGUUUUGUGGCCAAGCUGGGAAGGAUUCCCAGAACAUAAUUCCUUGUGACUUUGGGCUGUAAAAGGCAAACAAUGAAAUAGCAUUCCAAUAAUUUUCUUUUUUUAAAUAAAGAUUUAAAAUGUGA